AUGAGGAACUUCUACGUCUUCCUUGCAAUGGCGAUCCUGUUAGCGAUCUUCCUCAUGACCGUCAUCGUUGUCCAGCAUCUAGUGGACGUCUCCGCCAGCGCGAACCAGGCGUUCAUGGCAGUCAUGAUCCUCAUUCUGGCGCUUCCGAUCGUCGUUGCCGUGGAGUCCGUGAGGAAGAGUGGCCGCAACUCAAGUCCUGCCCCGGUUCCAGCUUCGGACGAUCAACACCCGAGUGAUCACGAGCAGCUCAACUCCUCUCCCAAGAGCAAGGUGGUGGAAGAUCAUACCGCCCCAAUCCAAAACCAGCAGCACCACGAAGCCGAUGACGAAGAGUCCGCGCGGAGACAGGAGGCGAUCGAUCCUCCAUCAGUAACAGGCACUCCCCGUCUUCGAGUAAGUUGCUCUUCCUCAGCCAAGCAGUGUCUUCGAAAGUUGGCGGACGAGAUCAGGCAAAUGCCGCCGAGGGGAGAGGACCACACCGUUCUGCAAGCGCUGGUGAGCUUAGAUCUGUGGAUCGUCUUCUUUGCCACCACCGCAGGCCUGGGAUCCGGCCUCAUGGUGGUCGACAACUUGGGCCAGAUGGGAUCCUCUCUCGGCUACUCGCAGAGUAACAUCGCCACCUUUGUCUCGCUCGUCAGCAUCUGGAACUUCUUUGGCAGAGUUGGCUUUGGAUUUGUGUCAGAGAUCUUCCUCCAGAAACACGGAGCUCCCAGGCCGGUCUUCCUGGCUCUCGUUCUGGGAAUUCUCGCGGUCGGCCACCUCUACCUGGCCUUCGCCUGGCCUGGAGCUUUCUACAUCGGCUCCAUUCUCGUCGGGAUGUGCUUUGGAGCUCAAAUGCCCGUCAUGUUCGCUAUCAUCUCCGAGAUCUUUGGCCUCAAAUACUUCGGAACUUUGUACAACGUCGGGAUCCUGGCCAGUCCUCUGGGAACUUAUCUCCUCUCCGUCAAGACUGCCGGCCACCUCUACGACGUCGAGGCCGCAAAACAGCCGCAAAACGGAACAUCCUCGUCGUCGUCGCAUGAUCUACUGUGCUAUGGACCUCAGUGCUUCCGAAACAGUCUCCUCAUCAUGGCCGCCGUCUGCGUCUUCGGUUGCCUGAUAAGUGUAUUCCUAGCUUUCAGGACCAGGCAUUACUAUAGAUCCAUUCGUUCCGCGAUGAAACAGAACCUGUAA